UACGCGACGGACGUUUACUGUUUCUGUCACUUUGGAAUCGUAUAGAAUCCUUUUUGAUAUGACUGACAUAAUGAACUGGUUGAUGACGCUGUGUCUUCUGAUGUCAUCUGGUUCAUUGGCCAUCAUACAACAGAAACAGCAUGCACCACUGAAUUAUCAACUGAUAAUCGCAGUCAAAACACAGCCAGAAGCAGCAGAUUCACCAGACCUUCAUCCCAUGCAACAAGAUCAACCUGCCAGUGACGUCUGCCAGUUCGUCAUUUGUCCAACUGGUAGCCGUUGUGAAACCGCCGAAAGCCAGUGUCAAGAAAACCAGUGCCCAGUGUUUGCAAUCUGCAAAAACCUGCGUGAGGAGGAAGAUAUGUGUAAACAGCCGCCAGAACGAGGUCACUGCCAGUUCAGUUACGUCAUGUGGUUCUUCAACUCUACGUCACAGCUCUGUGAAGAGUUUGUGUACAGCGGUUGUCCUGACAACGACAACAUGUUUUCAACAGAAGGUCUAUGUCAAGAUGUAUGCCAUCGAAGUAACAAGAUCUGUCGACUGACUGCAGACACUGGACCAUGCAAAGCUUCGAUGACGCAAUGGUUUUAUGACGUCACAAGUGAAAAUUGUCGCGAGUUCACAUACGGCGGAUGUCGUGGAAACGCCAAUAAUUUUGAGUCUUAUGCUAAAUGCAUUGAUGUCUGUAAAACAAAAUAAUUAAACAAUAAACUUUCCACACAAA